AUGGUCGCCGCUUCCCCUUUUCUUCUUCCUAUAACGCGUCCCUGUCCUCGUAGGCUCACUCGAUUUUUUCGUCGGCACUAUCAAUCUCAAGCUAAGACAGUUAUACAGGAACUAGAUCAGAGGGGUUUCAUAGCCGCUUUGACAAGUCCCAAAUUGCAUCAGCAUGUCCAGUCUCCCACUACUAUCUACGCAGGUGUAGAUCCUUCGGCAUCUUCUUUACACGUUGGAAACCUCCUACCGCUAUUGGGUUUAUUACAUUUCCAAGCUAAAGGACAUCAAUCAAUAUGUCUUAUAGGAGGAGCCACAGGAUCGAUAGGUGAUCCCUCGGGACGAUCAACCGAACGAAAAGCCCUCUCCGCCCAGGAACUAGCAGUGAACGUCAGAGGUAUAACAAACCAAGUGCACCGAUUCUUCGCGACUGGUUCGGCAUACUUGCAGAAGCGUGGAGUAGAUAUAAAAGGGAAAGGAAAAGAAGUUCAGGAGGAUAUGGGUAUAAAACUCGUGGACAAUUACGAGUGGACUAAAGACGUUUCAUUAUUGGAUUUCUUGAGGGGUCCAGGUAAAUUAUCGAGAGUGGGCGUGAUGCUCUCGAGGGAUAGUGUAAAGAAUCGUCUGACCUCCGACUCUGGAAUUUCCUACACCGAAUUCACCUACCAAUUACUACAAGCCUAUGAUUUCUCUCAUCUAUGGAAAGAGUACGGAUGUAAGAUCCAAAUGGGUGGAUCGGACCAAUGGGGAAAUAUUGUCUCGGGGAUUGACCUAAUCAAGAGAUCUCAAUCGCAGAUACAGGUACAGCAGCAGCAGCAUAACGAAGAUUCAUUUUCGAGCGAAGCGAGUGACACAGGACUGGUGGGAGAGGAAGAGGAAGUGGAGGCGUAUGGAUUGACGAUACCGCUUUUGACUACCAGUACAGGAGAGAAAUUUGGGAAAUCCGCUGGGAACGCUGUGUGGUUGGAUGAGAGGAGGACUAGUCCGGCGGAAUUUUAUCAGUUCUUCCUUCGUACGACGGAUGAAGAUGUUGCGAAGUACUUGAAGUUGUUCACUUUCUUACCUAUCGAAGAAAUCGACAGUAUGAUGGCCGAGCAUGAGAAAUCAAAAUCAGCAAGGAAACCUCAAAAGUUGUUAGCAUCAGAAGUGACCGAGCUAGUCCAUGGUGCCGACGGUCUUUCCAAAGCCUUACUAGCUACCGAGAUCCUCUACCCCUCCACCAAACCCACCAUCUCCUCAGGCAUGUCCUCAAUAUACAAAACCCUCAAAUCGUCCGACGUCCUAGCUGCUUUCGAAGGUGAUUCUCGAUUUCAUAAAAUCCCUUUCUCCGAGAUCAAGGAUAAACCGAUAUCCAAGCUCUGUGUGAUAUAUGGAUUAUGUAAAUCCCGUGGGGAAGCUUCCAAAGCUAUAUCAUCAGGGAGUUUGACGUUUAACGAUAGGAGGAUUAAUGAUCCGAGGGAUGAAAUUAGGAGAAGCCAAUUGAUCGAUGGGAAGAUUGCGAUUGUCAAAAUAGGGAAUAAAAGACAAUUGAUCUUUUAUCUAGAAUAA